CUUUCUUCAAACACUUGAGCAAUGUGCCCAACUAUGGCCAUGCUUGGCUGAGAACCAGUAGGGGAAAGUGGAAAGUGAAGAUGGAAGGCCGGUAUCUUGAGUCCGGUUGGACGGAUUUUGUAAACCACCACGAGUUGAAUGUGGGUGUUUUAUUGGUAUUCAGGCAUGAAGGAGACUUGGUGUUUGAUGUAAUGGUAUUUGAUCCAAAUGGCUGCGAGAGAGCAUAUCAACCUUUGCAUGUUAAGGAUGAGGUAGAUGAUUCAAAGGACAGUCAAGAAAGCCCAGAGCCUAUCAAGGACGAAACCCGGUCGGAGGAGAUCGUUAACAGUCCACUUCAUGCUCAUCCUAGAUCAGUAAAGUCGUCUUCCACAGGGACUUAUCCUUAUUUUGUUGCAACUCUGAAGUGCUACACUUUUCUGAGCCAUCGAUUGCACAUCCCAGUUCAAUUUGCCAGGUUACAUGGCCUUUGCUACAGAAACUGUGAGAUGAUUAUCAUGGAUAAUGAACAAAGGUCAUGGCAAGUGAGUUUAGGGCACAAUUAUUAUGGCCGAAUUUACAUUGGAAAAGGUUGGAAAGUAUUCUGUGCUGCAAAAUACCUCAAAGAAGGAGAGACUAUACGCUUUGAGCUUAUUGAAAAUGGGAAGAAGCCUGUAAUGGUUUUCCACAGGUCAGAAAAUGGUCCUAAGAUGGCACAUCCAAAAGUGGGAAGUCCUGUAAAAUGCGGGCCACAGUGUUUUACUGCCACUCUAACUCGAGCUCUACUGAAGUUUGGUCAAUUGCAUAUGCCAAUGAACUUUACAAGGUUGAAUGGACUAAGCAAGUACAGCGAAAUGACCAUCGUAGAUCCAAAACGACGAAAAUGGACAGUGUCACUGAGGAAAAGUAAUUCCAAUUGUGCAGGCAGGAUCUUCAUAGGAAAGGGUUGGAGUGGAUUGGUUAAAGCAAAUGGAAUAAAAGGAGGAGAUGUUAUCAAGCUAGAGAUCAUCAAAGCAGGGAGGGCGCUAAUGAUGAACUUCAGGAUUCAAAGUGACCCGAAAUCUGCAGGAAUUCCAACCCUAUUGUCAAUGGCUGCUUCAUCAUCAUCAUCAUCAAGAGCAAGAAUCCCUCCAGCUAAACCCCAGUUCUUCCAGCCCCUCCUUCCAGGCUUCCACAAUGGUCUUUCGAUCCCUCUUUCUUUCCUCAAACACUUGAGCACAGUGGCGAACUGUGGCUGUGCCUGGCUGAGAACCAGUCUAGGAAAGUGGGAAGUGACGUUCAACGGGCGGUCCUUCGGGUCGGCCGGUUGGACGGAUUUUGUAAACCGCCACGAUCUGAAUGUGGGCGAUUUCUUGAUAUUUAGGCACGAAGGAGACUUGGUGUUCGAUGUCAUGGCAUUUGAUCCAAGUGCGUGUGAAAAAGAGUUUCAGCCUUUGACAAUCAAAAACGAGCCAAAUAAAUCAUCAAGCCACUGUCAAGGAAACUCAGAGCCUGCCGAUGACUCAACCCGGUCGACAGAGGGAACCAAGAGAACGAAAGGGAGUUCUGUAGACUGCGUUACCCUGUAUUUCAUCGCCAAUGUAACUAAAUCUCAACUCAGGAACGGUGAACUGUGUGUUCCCAAGUCCUUUGCAAGGAUGAAUGGCAUGAGCAAGAAGUCCAGAGUGACCAUUAUAGAUGAAAGACAGCGUCAAUGGACACUGUCGUUGAAGAGAUAUGAGGUGUGGGAUAGGGUGUACAUUUCAAAGGGUUGGAGAAGCCUUGCUAUAACAAAUGAACUUAAGGUAGGAGAUGCCAUCAAGCUUGAAAUCAUUCAAGGAGGGAAGCCAUUAAUGAUGAACUUCAGUGUCCAUAGUCGAUCAGUGUGAUCUGAAAAGGGUACUACUGGUUUAUGCAAGUGAAGUGAGCACCAAGGAUCAUGAAGUAGCUUACCUAUCCACUUUCAAGGGCUUAUUGUCAAAUACAAAUUAAAGUUCUUUCUUGGUGUCAAGACUAUGAUUUUGUUUAAUGGGUUAUG